AUGCACCGAAGCACCAAAGCCGAAGACCUGCUACAAGCAAUCAAGAAGGUCACAUCUCCAGAGACUGCCCUCAGGCUGAUGGAAGUGGACAACAAGGUGGCCGUUAUCAAGGCGGUAACAGCUACGGUGGUGGCCGAGAGUGCUACAAGUGCGGCGGUCGUGGUCACAUGGCCAGAGACUGCACCUCUGCUGGUCCUACCAGCGGGUUCGGUGGUGGUUUCCAAAGCCAAGGUGGUUCGCGAGGCGGUCAGACUUGCUACAACUGCGGUGGUACUGGUCACAUGGCUCGAGUCGAAGCAUGAAAUGCUACAACUGUGGAGAGGCUGGUCACUACUCAAAGGAUUGCUCGAUGCCUCAAGCAGAGAGGAUUUGCUACAACUCAACCUGGUCACCUCUCGUCCGCUUGCCCAACUACGGCUUAGCACGCUGCAGACCAGGACAGCGUUACCACCACCCUCAGUGGUUGGACCUGAACUCUUCACGCUCUUCCGCCUUUGCUCAUCAUCGACCUAUAUGAAAACGUCACAGCCUAGACCUGAUCCGAUAGAGAUCAACUUUCCCGACGAGCUUCGGCCGAUGGCCACACUCAAUCCUUGA